AUGGCGAGCGGUCAUGGCGGCAAAAGAUCUCUUGAAAUAGAAGAGCCAUCCCCGCUCCAGGCAAAACGAUUGCGAUUGAGUUCCUCUGACCUCGAUGAUGGCUUCCGGCACAAAGAUUAUACUGUCGGCUGGAUCUGUGCUCUUCCGAUAGAGCUUGCGGCCGCCCAAUCUAUGCUUGACCGAGUUCACAAGCCUCUAUCUCCCUUACCAGGCGAUAGCAAUACCUAUACUCUGGGCAAUAUCGGCCUUCACAAUAUCGUACUGGCCUGUCUGCCUUUGAACCAUUACGGUACAAACAAUGCCGCAAUAGUUGCCGCUAACAUGUGUCGAAGUUACCCAUCGAUUGACAAGAGAUUGAUGGUCGGUAUCGGGGGAGGGCUUCCCACUACGUCUGCAGAUGUCCGACUCGGUGAUAUUGUUGUCGGUACUGAAGUGAUUCAGUUUGACUUCGGCAAGCAAGUGUCGCCUAACAAUUUUAAGAUGACAGCCACCCCUACUCGGCCUCCUCAGCUGCUGCUCACAGCUGCAUCGAAUCUUAAGGCUACUCAUGAGGCGAGAGCGACUCGGAUUCCCUCAUUUCUUUCAGAUAUGAUCCAGCGUCACCCUGCAAUGUGUACUUACGCGCGACCUGGCGACCCCGACUAUUUGUUCUAUAGCACGUAUAUACACGACUCUCAGGGCAGCUGUGAUCAUUGUGACCCCUCUCAAACAAGAGACCGAGAUAUAAGGGUUAAUACGACUCCGCUCAUCCAUUACGGGAAAGUUGGAUCGUCAAAUACGGUCGUGAAAGACAGCAAGACAAGGGACAAGCUAGCCGAGGAGCUCGGCAUCAUUUGCGUGGAGAUGGAAGCGGCAGGGCUGAUGGAUGGGUUUCCUUGCCUUGUCAUCCGUGGCAUUUGUGACUACGCCGAUUCGCACAAAUCCAAAAAUUGGCAACGCUACUCAGCUGCAACAGCCGCUGCAUAUGCCAAGGAACUUCUAUUGGAGGUUCCCGGAAACCAGAUUUGCAAAUAUCCUAGCUCGGCUUAUUUUACCAAUGACGUGCCCAUGUCUUUAUACGAAUGUCGCAAUGCUCUACUCGAAUCAUUGGAUUUUCAUCAGAUCGAAUCAAGACAUAUAAACAUCAAAUCUGCAUACGAAAAGACCUGCCAAUGGCUUCAUUACAACUCAAACUACCAUUCUUGGUUGGACCCAGACCAGCUAUCGCAGCAUCACGGUUUUCUUUGGAUUAUUGGGAAGCCUGGCGCUGGCAAAUCAACCUUGAUGAAGUUUGCAUAUAAUCAUGCCACUGAAUCCUCCAAAAAUCUGGCUAGCAGUGCAAAUGUCGCCUUUUUCUUCAAUGCGAGAGGUGAAGCUCUGGAAAAAUCAACUAUUGGCAUGUAUCGAUCCCUACUAUUCCAGACAUUCCAACAUUUUCCAGGACUUACGCAUGUUCUCGAUAAGUUCACCUCAAAACUUCAUAGGCACCGUGGUGUCUUUGAGUGGACUGUUGAGACACUUCAAACAAUUAUGUCCGAGGUUGUGGGUGAGCUUGAAACGCGCAGCUUGACUCUCUUUAUUGAUGCACUUGAUGAAUGCGACGACGAAGAAAUUCGUGAUAUGGUUGAAUAUUUUGAGGCGCUCGGCAGCAAUGCAUUUCGAAACAGUACGAAACUGCAUAUAUGCUUUUCUAGCCGACCCUACCCUCAUAUAGACAUCCAAAACCGCAUUCGGUUCACGCUUGAGGAACAAACCGAACAUAGCGAGGACCUGGCCAAGUACGUCCGCGGCAAAUUACGGGCUGGCAACAGCAAAUUAGCAACAUGGGUAUACGAAGAGAUCCUACGCAAGUCUGCGGGCAUCUUCAUGUGGGUAGUCCUUGCUGUCGAUAUUCUCAAUGGCGUCUUUCGUAACGGCCAACUGUUGCAAGUGAAGAGGCGCCUCCAGGAAUUACCACCCAAACUCAGCGACUUAUUCAAGGACAUUCUUUGCAGAGAUGGAGAAAAUAUGGAUGACAUGCUCCUGUGCAUCCAAUGGAUCUCAUUCGCGAAGCGACCUCUAACAUGUGCGGAAUAUUACUUCGCGCUCGCCACAGGUCUUCUCCCGGCUGAUGCGGCCGUGGAUGAGUGGGACAGCGAGAUUAUCACGCCCGAAGUCAUGAAGCGCUACGUUCUAAGCUCAUCCAAAGGACUUGCUGAAGUCACAACAUAUCGAACGACCGAGACGGUAAAUUUCAUUCACGAAUCAGUCCGAGACUUUCUUAUCAAGGAUAAUGGAAUUCAAUCGAUAUGGCCUCACCUGACCGACAGCUUCGAGAUCCACAGCCACGAGCGUUUACGGCAAUGUUGUCACGCAUAUGUGGCCCAUGACAAAUCUAUCCCGGAGACUUUGCCGUAUACAUCCUCAAUCAAAAUGAAAAGACUACGUCAACAGGUUUUGGGCAGGCUCCCUUUUCUCGGAUACGCCUCUGAUUACCUUUUUCAUCAUUCGGAACAUGCCGCAGCCUUGGUUCCUCAAACAGCUUUUUUGAGAGAACUCAACACCCGGUCUUGGGUUGCUCAAUUUAACCUAUUUCGGACGAAAGCCUAUUGCUGCUUAAAUCCUUCCACAAACCUCAUGAACAUUGUUGCAAGGCUGGGCUGCCCAAAGCUUGCCAAACUAAUUUUGGCAUGGAACUCUGGACACUCCGCAUUCUGCGUCUCUUCAGAUCGUAGUACAUAUCCUUUAUUUACUGCUAUUGAAGAGGGCAACAUCGGUGUCGUUGAGAUAUUUCUUGACGAAGAAGCAAAAGUUCCCUUCAAGGAAAUUAUCAGACUUGACGGGGAGUUCAUCUCACCGGGAUGCCACAGGAGGUUUGGCACGCCGCUCCAUUGGGCUGUAAGCAUAGGCAAUAUGAAUUUAUUUCGACACGUUUUGGCCGUGGCAGGUCCCGACUGUAGAUCACGGGACAGUGCAUCCCUCAGGCCUCUGUCUAUUGCAGCUAUAGCUGGUCGUGGAGAUAUUCUGCAGCUACUUCUUGAACAGCCCCGUGUUGUCGUUGACCAUAAAGACAUCAAUGGGCGGACUGCAUUAUGGCAUGCAUGUAUGAUAGGCCAUAAGAACGUGGUUGAGCUCUUACUUGCGACAGGAGAGGCAGACAUUAAUAAGGAAGACUACGAAAGAACAACCCCCUUAUCGAAGGCUGUUGAAAAUGGGCACCUGGCCGUAGCCAACCAGCUACUCGCCACAGGAAAGGCCAGACCAGACACCCAAUGCGAUUAUGGUCGCACGCCGCUAUCGUAUGCAGCCAUCUGCGGAGAUGUCCAGAUUUUGAAGCAUCUGCUAGAACUCAAAGGGCUAGAUCUGGAAUCUCCCGAUAUAUGGAGGCAGACACCACUCCUGUAUGCUUCUAUGAACGGGCAUACGGCAAUAGUCUCUUCCUUGCUGGCAACGAAUAAGGUAAACCCCAACUGGAAAGGCGGAUUCGAACGCACUCCACUAUCCCAUGCAGCGGAGGGCGGCCACACUGGGGUUGUACAGCUCUUAUUAUCUAUAGGAAAUGUCAAUCCUGACUCCGUAGACUUAUGGAGAAGAACACCGCUGUCGUACGCUGCUAAAAUGGGUCAUGUUGGCAUUGUGCAGCUAUUGCUUACGAGGUGUGAAGUGAACAUCAAUUCGAGAGAUGUCACUGGGAAGACUCCACUGCACUUUGCGGUUGAUUGGGGUCAAAGCGAUGUUGUUCGUAUACUAUCUUCAAGAGAUGAUAUCGAACCCGACCGUAAGGAUAAUUCACAAACGUCCCCGUUACAACUCGCCGUCUUAGGCUGCAAAUGGGACAUUGCAAAAACACUACUCGAAACAGGCAAGGUAAACGGCGACGUACGGCACCCGCUCACCGGCGAAUCCAUCAUUCCAUAUGUCACAUGUCCCCAGAUGGCACGGCAACUCUUCGAAUAUUGCAAAGAUGAAACUAGAGAGCAAUGGAUAAUGUCAUUCAAUGCAGGAUAA